AUAACUGUACGUGUUACAUAGCCCCAAUGAGGAAACGCCUUUAGGUUUGCAUACUUAAUUAAGAACCUCAGUAUUUAAAGCCCUUCCUGAUCAGCGGCGUCCAUUUCACAAUCAAUCAUCAGUCAACAAAAUGGCCGCCAAAGAUCAAAUAUCCGAUUACACCCAUUUCAUGCACCUGCUAUUAAAAUUAGUUGGCUGUUGGGAAUGGUUUCCCAACACCGACAGUGAAUUUAAGAUAAUAUUAAACAAUAUCUACUUGGCUUCAGUUCUCUUUGUGCCUUUAAACUUUAUGAUAACAUUAAUCGUGAAUUUGUACACGGAAUGGGUUGAUAUGAUGGGCAGUUUGGAUAAAAUAGGUGAUGGUCUACCUUUGAUAACAUCAAUUGCCAUCGUCAUUUACUUUGCUUUAUACAAAGAAGAGUUGUAUGACUUAGUAGAAUUUAUGAAUGAGAACUUCAAGUUCCAUUCGGCGAGAGGCUUGACGAAUAUGACGAUGGAGGGUAGUUAUAAGUCUGCAAAGAAGUUCGCGUAUCUGUAUACGGCUUCUCCGUUGUUUAGUGUGACGAUGUAUGUCGCUAUGCCUAUGGGUUUUCACUUGUGGACGCAUCAGCCCCUGCAGAACUGGGCGUACAUGGACGCUGAACGGACCCCGUACGUGCUAAUGGCGUUUCUGCAGCAGUGCCUUGCGCAGGCCUUCAUCGGCCUCGCUGUCGGACAGCUAGGAGUAUUCUUCGGCUCAAACUCCAUCCUGCUCUGUGGUCAGUUGGACCUGCUCUGCUGUAGCGUGCGAAACACACGCUACACUGGCUUACUACAGAGUGGAGUUCGACACAAGGCCCUGUCACGAAAUCCUGGAGCCUAUGCUGGGAUAGUGGACGACGAGCGACACAACUAUAUGUACAGCAAGGCAGACUUGGAAGAUUCGGCGUAUCAUUAUGAUAAGAAAGUAACCGCCUAUUUUUUGGAUCAGCGGAACGAAUUUGAUAUCUACGACUCAGCGUUCGACGCCGCGACAGAGGACGCGCUGCGCGAAUGCGCGCGCGUCGGUCAAGUGGUCGCCACGUACAAGGACAAGUUCGAAGCCUUCGUGUCGCCGUUAUUAUCUCUGAGGAAGAUUGAAUUAGUUACUGUGGAAUAUCUGGUCGCUACAGCUUUGGAUAUAGGUGUUUAUUGCUACUUUGGCAGUCAAAUCAGUUUGCAGGCAAGUCGCGUGUCUACAGCCGCUUACCAGAGCGCGUGGCACGCCAUGGGCGUGCGUGCGCGGCGGCUGGUGCUGCACAUCCUGGUGGCGAACAAGCGGCCGGUCAUCGUGCGCGCCGGCCGGUACCUGCCCAUGGAUCUGCAUACUUUUGUUAGUAUAAUCAAAACUUCUUUCUCCUACUACACACUACUAGACAGAGUCAACAAUCGCUAGCUCUAGUCAUAAGUUAAAUUGUGUCGCUUAACUUCAAACUCGGGUUCAUUCGACCCUCUCAGCAAAUAUCUACCCUAUUACGUUUUCUUAAUACCAAAAUAAAAUAAAAAACUGGUUAAAAUGUAAGAGUUAUUAUGAUACAGAAAACUUAAUUCAAAAUGUUUUAGGAACAUAAACACACACACACACACACACACACACACACACACACACACACACACACACACACACACACACACACACACACACACACACACACACACACA